AUGUCUCUCAGGCUCCUGCCUGCGAUAAUCAUGGACAAUGAUGAGGACGACGAUGGCAACUUCACUAAAUGGAUGAGCAGUUACUGGGGUCAUGGAGCAGAGACGGGACACUCCAGGGAGAGAAAGCGCAGCUUCAGACGACCUGCAAAAGCCCACGCAGACCGGAGAGCAUCGCUGCCCACUGUGUCACAGUUAGACGCUAUGAAGUUAAACCGGCUCCAUGCAGCUACGAUGGCCCCCGCUCCAAGCCACAUCAAACCCAGAGAGGAGAAGGGGGAGGUCCGGACCCACCAGAGAGCCCGACGCGCCUCGUCAGAUGACAACAGCCGGGUAAAGACGGCCCCCCAGGAAAACCGCAUCGGCACCAUCCCUGAGCUCACCGAGUCCUUCGAGAAGAGACUUUUUCUGCACGAUAAGAAGACAACGUCUCUGAUGCAGGAGCUCAUCCACCAGGCUACCUUCGGAGGGGUGUACUGCCAGCCGCUCAACCAGGACUUUUCCUAUCACAACCUUUGA